AUGAAACCGUCGAUUAAUGCUAUUGUCGGAAGAAGUGAACAAAGUCUGUCCAGUGCUUUGGAUAGUUUAACUGAUAUUCAUGUUCGUUUUGCAACGGAUAAUGACGAUGGAAAUGCACUACUUUCUCAUAGUGAAAAUAAACGAAAUAAGAAAGCUGCAAAACGAAGAUCGAAUACAACGUAUGACCUUGAUCGACAAUUAUCAACCACACAGAGUAAGAUUGAUCAAUUUCAGGCUGCACGAUAUGGAAAUUUAGAACAAUUGGAGCACUUUCGAUUAGAUCCAGAGACAAAAUUAUCAGCAUUACAUUAUGCUGCGCGCUUCCAUCAUUUGAACAUAUGUCGAUUCCUUAUUGAAAAAUGUCAUGUCGAUAAGAAUAAAGCGGGCGAAGAUGGUAUGACUCCACUUCACUACAUUGCUCGAUUUCGAGUGGAAAAAGACAGUGAAACUCGAGAGUACAAAGAAGUGGUAGAAUAUUUAAUCCAGUGCCGGGCUGAUAUCAAUGCUCGAGAUGAUUUUGCUGCGACACCUCUCCAUCAUGCAUGUGAACGUGACAAUAUUCUCUGUGCUCAGAUACUUCUGUCAGCGAAUGCAAAUAUUGAAGCAGCUGACCGUCAAGAAAUGCAUCCAUUGCACAGUGCUUCUUUCUAUGGCAGUGUUGAAACAGCUUAUUUAUUAUUUCGACACGAUGCUGAUAUCUUAGCUGUUGAUAAAACGAACUCGAUACCGUUUGCUCACGCUUGUCGUAAUUCGCAUUAUGGAAUCUUGGAAAAGUUUUUCACUUUUUUCAGUCAACAUGAGAAAGCGAACGAAGUUAUCGAACAGAAGGAUGCAGAAGGCAACACUCUUCUACAUUUAGCUGUUGCUUCAGCAAAUGUUCAAAUUGUUGAUUUACUUCUAUCGAAAAAUGCGGAUCCAUCAGCAAAACGAGAAGAUGGACAGACUCCUAUACAUUUAUGCGCAAAGAACGAUUCCGUGGAAAUCCUGGAAAAAUUAGUUGAAGCUAAAGGUGAUAUCAAUGAUGUGGAUGUUGGAGCUGAAACUAUUUUGCACAAAGCCGCUUCACAUAAUAAAGAAAAUGUUCUGCGAUAUGUGCUAUCUAAACAGACUAACACCGAUCUUAUUCAAAAAAAGAACAAUGAUGGAGCUACUGCACUACUUUCAGCUUCAACAUUCGGUCAUGCAAAAUGUGUUGAACUUCUGCUAGAAGCUGGUGCUGAUAUGUUCAACGAUCGUGAUAAACGUGAACGUGGUCCUAUCUAUUUAGCAUCAUUCAGUAAUCAUGUUCAAACACUGGAAAUACUUCUUCAAUACGCAGAGCAACAUGGUAAAACCGAUAAAGAAAAACUAAGUGUCAAUCAAAUUGAUCGCUAUAGUCGAACGGCUUUACAUGCUGCAGCUGAACUCGGCCAUGUGGAAAUUGUCAACGUUUUGUUGAGACGAGGCGCUUCAUUGGCAAUGAAGGAUGAUGAUGAAUACACACCGUUGAUGUUGGCCUGUAAAAAGAAUCGUCUAGAUGUUUUGAAACUUCUUAUUGAAUACAUCAGUGAACAUUAUCAAACAGCACGAGAUAGACUUAGCUUUUUCGAAGAACGCGACGAUGCAUCGAAUACAGCUCUUCACAUAUCUGCUGCCGAAGGCCAUUCUUCUAUUAUAAAACUUUUACUCGAACAAGGUUGUGAUUUACGAGCGAAAAACAUCAUCUCGUCGUUACCGAUUCAUUGUGCAGCCGAACGAGGUCGCUAUAACAGCGUUCGAACAUUAAUCGAGCAGCAUAGUCAAAUCGAUCCAAAUGACAAAAAUGGUCAAACACCAUUACAUUUAGCUGCACGCAACGGUCAUUCUGAUGUUGUCAAGCUUUUACUAAAAAAUGGUGCCCAAAUCAAUAAACGCACAACCAACGGUGACAAUUGUCUUGAUCUAGCAAUUAACUAUAAUCAAUACAAUGUGGCAGAGAUGCUGGUGAAUGAUCGUGAUUGGGCAUUGAUUUUACGUAAUGCUCGAUAUGAUAAACAAACGAAUCAAUGGGAUACACCCUUGCGAAAACUAAUUCGUAAAAGGCCCGACAUUGCACUUACUGUUCUGGAUAAAUGUUGCGCGAUACGAACUCAAACAAAAGCUGAGCAAGUGUCGUCUGAGAACGAUGAUCCCAAUAGCAAGACGAAGAAGAAGAAGAAACAAAAAAAAUCUACUGUAGAAAAUAUUAUCGAACUAGGAGAGCAGAUGAAUAAUCAAGCUGCUGCCCUUGAUGCCAGCGGCUUAACCAAAGAUGUGAGCCAAUUACAAAAAAUGAAAUUCGUUUACACAUAUGAGUUUCUCGACGAUCAAUUUGUAACUAGCUUAUGGGAAACAGAGAAACAACUAACGGAUGACCCUUUCGAACCGGAUGGUCGACUAUAUCCAGGAAUAAUCGAUCAAGUCUUAGAUCGCAAAAGCUUGCAGCUCAAUCAUCCAUUCACGUUGAUGGUAGAAAAAAAUUGUGAACAACUUCUUGAUCAUCCAUUAGUACACUCGUUGUUAAAUUACAAAUGGACACUCUACGCACGUUAUGUAUAUUACAUUAACUUCUUAUUCUACCUGUUGUUUGUUGCAUCUCUAACAACGUACGUUUUCGUCGCGUUCGCUCCUUAUCGUUUUGGUAUCACACAUGAUCAAAUGAAAGAAUCCAGUUGUUUUGACCUGUGCUCUUUUGUGAAAGAAAAUCGCACGGAAGAACUAGCAAAUUUGCAAACACAUAUAACUACCAUACAUGUAUUUCAAUGGAUUGUUAUUGUUUUGGCUGCGAUGCAGAUUGUGAAAGAACUCUUUCAGGUUGUAUCGGAACGUUUAGAUUAUAUUAAUCUAGAAAAUGCAGUCGAAUUAUCAGCAUUUAUCUUAGCUAUUAUAUUCGCUGUUGAUUUGAAUUCAUGCUCGAGGGAGAUUGGCUACCGAUGCGUGGUUCAAUGGCAAGUGGGUGCACUAGGAGUAUUCCUAGCGUGGUUUGCAUUGGUUUUAUUUAUACAAAAAUUUCCACGAUUCGGUAUAUUUGUUGUCAUGUUAACGGAUAUUCUACGAACAUUUUCUCGAUUCUUUCUCGUAUUCUUCCUGUUUAUUAUUGGUUUUGCAUUGGCUUUUCAUAUGUUACUACAAAACCACAAUCCGUUUCAACAUUUCGGAAAUAGUCUUUUGAAAACUUGUGUAAUGAUGAUCGGCGAGUUCGAAUACGAAGGCAUCUUUCAUGGCGAUGACGCCAAUUAUUUUGGAAUAACUUAUUUCUUUUUCAUAAUAUUCAUCAUUGUCAUGUCUAUCAUCAUCAUGAAUUUACUUGUUGGUUUAGCUGUUGAUGAUAUUGCUAGUGUAAUGCGCGUGGCCACUGUGAAGCGUUUGGAAAUGCGAGUGAAAUUAACUUUAGACGUCGAACGACAACUACCAUUCAAACGCUUUUUUUCUUCGAUUCGUCGGUAUAGAACGAUUACUUAUCAUCCAACAUCUUGGCAGAAAUUCUUCAAGAAAGUAUUCCGUGUCGAUAUUCAAACUGAGUUUGACAAAAACCUUGCUCGUCUGGAAGAGCGUGGUUUAAUUCCAACGGCAGGAAGUCAAGAUUCAAAGACAACGUCAACGACUGGACCAAAACUUGACGAUAGAACCAAAUCAACAGCUGCAGCAAUUGGUAGCAGUGGAGUUGGAUUGCCGGCAGAUUGGCUUACAACGAUGCAUACGCAAAUAAAUACAAAAUAUCAUGAAUUCAAUCGACACAUGACAGAUUUGAAGGCGCAACAAGAGAAAAUUAACAAUAUUCUACAACAAUUUCCAGCAGCUACAGCCAGUCGCCAAAGUUCCCGUCUUACAUUUGCUCCUACAAGUGUUUAG